AUGGAGCCAUCAUCAGCUCUUGAUCAUUCUCCUUACCGCGGCCGUGCUGUCGUGAACAUAGAAUACAAAUCAAAGCAUUUGAUUACAACGCCGGAGGAGAACUCUGUUCAAAUAGUCAACCAAGACGCUCCAUUUAGUUUUCUCGGCGCACUGGAUAUGAAUUUUACUAUCACCGCCGCCCCAAUCUCUAUCGGCUCCUUUCUUGCCUUGACCAUCGGGCUAGGUGGGCCGCCCUUCUUCUUUUAUGGCUUUCUGUUUACUGGACUGGGACAGCUCGUCCUAUGUCUGGCUGCGGCAGAGAUUGCUUCCUCCAUGCCACAUCCACUAGCCGUCUUGCGAGCUACAUUCUCGGCGUCGAUACCUCAACACGCUUCUCAUUCAGAGCCUUGGCAUCACUUCUUGGUUUAUGUGGGUGUUUGCGUGAAUGCUCUGGUAGUGAAUCUUCCCAAAUGCCGUAAGAUCAUGGACUGGUCUCUAUCCGCCUCGUUGGUCUUCGUUAACGGCUCUGCACUUUUCAUCCUUAUCGCACUACUAGUCCGCGCCAACCCCAAGCAAAGUGCAGCUGCUGUAUUUGUGAAUAUUGCUAACGAUUCAGGCUGGGGUUCAACUGCGGUGGUUUUCUUCCUAAACGUGAUGCCCGGGCUGGCCGGCUUAGAGGAACUUAAACUGCCCACUCGCGAUAUGCCUCGGGUAAUGGUUGGGUCAGCACUGUUGAACUAUUUGGUGGCCAUUCCAACAAUGAUAAUAUACCUCUUUUGUAUCGUCAAUCCGCAGGCUAUGCUCUCUCCGGUAGGGGGCCAACCAUUGAUCCAGCUGUUGUCCGAUGGUUACGCAUCUAGAGCGCUUACGGCGAUUGCGGGCGCCUUGAUCGUGGUGAGCUUCACUAAUCGGCUGCUGGGCAGCCUUGGUAAGCUGGAGUCGGUUGUAUUGCAUCCCUGUCAACGCUCUGAUCUUAGGCACUGCUUUGACUAUCGUAAUUGGAGCCAUACAACUUGGGUCAACUACUGCUCUAAACGCAGUGCUAGGAGGGGCAAGUCUGUGCUGUGGCUUUCUUGGAUUAUCGUAUUCACCUUUCGUCGCUGGCUUAACCUGGGGAAGUGGGGUCGUCCGUUGUCUGUAAUCGCAAUUAUCUGGUGUAUGUGGACGAUCACUUGGGCGUCAUUUCCACUGUUUCUUCACGUGACUCUGUCAUCUAUGAAUUGGUCGGCAUUGGUUGCGGCCGGUGUUGUCGUGGUCAGCAUUAUUUACUACAUUCUGUUCUAUCGACACAACAGGGACGAGAGGGGAUAA